UUUUCUUUUUUUCCCCUUAAAAUAUUACCACAAAAAUAAAAAAUUAUAAAAUAAAAAAAAACACAUCUUUAUAUAGCGUCUCCCAGCUUAUACCAAUCUGCUACAUUGGUCAGCGAAGGAUUAAGCUUUCUUUCUGAAUUCCUCUUUAGCAAGGAAUUUGGACCGAAUACCAAAUUUCUGGGAAAAAUGCAGUUUUCCAGGAAUUUUAUGAUGAUUUGUUCUGCAUUGCUCCUGUGCUCUUCCUUGACAUAUGGGCAAACGGCUAGUCCACCGGCUCCGGUGGCAAUAACCCCAACUCCGACACCUGCACCGGCUCCGGCACCAGAAUACGUAAACCUAACUUAUUUACUCUCUGUGGCUGGUCCAUUUCACACUUUCCUUAACUACCUUGAAUCAACUAAAGUGAUUGACACCUUCCAAAGCCAAGCCAACAACACUGAACAAGGCAUUACAAUUUUCGUACCGAAAGACGAUUCGUUCAAGGGUCUUAAGAAGCCGUCAUUGUCCAAUCUCAGUGAUGAUCAGCUUAAAUCGCUCAUCCUUUUCCAUGCCUUGCCCAAAUACUAUGCCCUUGCCGACUUCAAUGACCUCAGUACAAAAGGCCCUAUCACUACACUUGCUGGUGGCCAAUACACUUUGAAUUUCACCGAUGACUCCGGCACCGUGCACCUCGAUUCAGGAUGGAGCAAAACAAAAGUAUCCAGCGCUGUACAUUCGACCGAUCCGAUCGCGAUAUAUCAGGUGAAUAAGGUCCUUCUUCCUGAGGCUAUCUUUGGUACCGAUAUACCUCCAACGCCUGCACCAUCCCCAGCUCCUGAUAUUAGCCCAGCUGCGGAUUCUCCAUCCGCAGACUCGAAAGAAGGCGGUUCUCCGUCGAAGGCUUUGCCAUCGGAUUCAGCUUCUCAUAGGGUUAUGAAGUUGAGCAUUUGGAGUCAUCUGGUUUUGGCAGUCUUAGGUGGGUUGGUUCUGCUUUUCUAAUAAUAAGACUUCAUUUUGAGUCUAAGUUAUGUUCAUGGGGGGCAGCACACCUCUGAGUUUCUCGAUUGAAUUUACUUCGAUUAUAAAACCAUUUUUUCUUGUAUAUGUUAUUAAGAUUCUGUGUUAAGAAUGGAAGUUCUUGUGUUAUAAUUACCAUUUCAAGUUAAA